AUGUCCCUGCUCAAGUCAAUCUUCCCCGGCGUCGCCGUCGUCACCGGUGCCGGUGGAACUGGAAUCGGCGCUGCAGUCACCAGAGCUUUUGCCGCUGCAGGAUGUGAAAGAAUCGCCAUCACAGACGUCAAUCCAUCCACCCUAGAGCAGACCCGACACGCAGUCGCCUCCACUUAUCCUAAGGUGCAGCUCCUCGCCCACGCGGGCAGUGUCGCUGAGGAUCUCUUUGCACAAUCGUUCAUCGAUCACGUCGUCCAAAAAUUCGGCCGUGUCGACUAUGCCGUCAACUGUGCAGGUGUGUUGGGUCUGCCCAGGAGGUCAGAUGAAACUAGUAUUGAGGAAUUCGAUCGCGUCAAUAAUAUCAAUUAUCGUGGUUGCUGGCUAUCUUCCCGGGCUCAGCUGAAGCAGAUGCUUGCCCAAGAGGCACUCCCAAGUCAUGAUUCCCGUCGCCCUCCCCAACGAGGUGCCGUCGUGAAUAUUGCCAGUCAGCUGGGAAUCGUCAGCCGUCCAAAUGCACCGGCAUAUUGUGCAUCAAAAUCAGCCAUCAUUGGUCUGACGCGUGCCGAUGCAAUUGAUUACUCCAAAGAUGGGAUCCGCGUGAACUGCGUAUGUCCCGGGGUCAUCGAGACGCCUCUAGUGAUGGAGAAAAAGGAAGUGCGUGAAGCCAUCACUCCAGCCGUAGAAACCGCUCCCAUGAAAAGGAUGGGGAUGCCGCAAGAAGUGGCUGAUGCAGCCCUAUUUCUUUGUUCAACGCAGGCUUCAUUCGUUCAAGGUCAUGCGAUGGUAGUGGAUGGCGGAUAUAUCACAGUGUAA